AUGGCCAGCGCCCGCUGCGUGGGCGCCCUGCAGAUCUCUCGGGGCCAAUGGUGCUUCGACGAGGUCAGCAAGUCUGGCCGCAAGGUCUUCGGCGUCCUGCGGCCCGGGGGCGAGUGGCUGCAGGGCGAGCUGCGGUAUCGAGACGGCGAGAGGGAGAGGCACGGCACGGUGCGGCUGAGGUUCCGCGCCGACUUGCAGGUCAUGCUGUCGAAUUUCCGGGAUCCUGGGCAGAAGCAGCCGUGGGGCCCCACGACCGUGGCGCACAGCGUGCCCUUGCGGGUGCCCGCGUUCGUUCUCGCUGCGGUGAAGAAGGACGGUUCCGUGCUGCGCUUCGCCGCCGCGGAGCUGCGGGCCGACCGGGAGCAUCGUGCUCGCGGCCGUGGCACAGCGCGGCUCCUCGCUGCGCGAGGCCGCGAAGAGCCUGCGCGCGGACCCGGAGGUGGUGCGCACCGCCGUCGGGCAGGAUGCGCUGUCGCUCCUGUUUGCGGCCGAGGACUCACGACCCCCAGGGCUCGUGAUGCUGGCUUUUGA